CGCAGCAGUGCGAGUUGUUGGACUAAUCCCGAGUCGGAUCGAUAUCAGCAGUGCAAGAACCGGAGCAGUCUCCCUCUGAAUCAGCAGGUCUCUCGGCGAGAUUUGCACGUUUGAUUGGGGUAGUGAGCUUGCUGCAGCUAAGGAGCCCAGAAAACUGUAUGCCAGGAUGUAUGAUCGGGCUCCCCGGACUUUUGUACACCCAGUGGGAAGCACUCAGGAAAAUGUGGGUCCUGGAUCUUAUAACCUCAUUUCUGAGAAGUCACAUAAACCAGGAGGAAAUGCUCCAUUCUUGUCAAUGACAGAGAGGGAUAGUUCAUUUGAUGUCCUGAACACAGUCUGUGUUGCUCCUGGCCCAGGACAAUAUAAUAUUUUGGAAAUAAAGGAGAGGGUGAAAGGAGGACAGACUAUUCAGAACAAAGAAAAGCGCUUUAAUGAGUCUACCUCUUCAGUGCCUGGACCAGGAGCUUAUGACUUGCAUGUUGGCAUGGAUUUAAAUGGGCUGGAGAAGAGAGCCUUCAAUUUAAAGCAGCAAAAAGUGAUUCAAAACCAUGUUAAAAAGCAGCAUGAACAAUGUAUUCCGUCAAUUCCUAUACCUGGGAAAGCCUUUGGGUAUGAAGAGACUGCAGAUGGUUUUCUUGUCAAGCAACUUCCACCUGAAAGAGACGAUACUUUGGGGCCUGCCUACUAUCAACCUAUUCAUAAUGUGGCAUAUGCGACUUUGAAAUAUAAAGGUUCACACUUUGGAAAGUACACUGGCAAAAGGCUUGAAUAUCAGUGGCCUGAAGGUCCUGGGCCUGGUGAAUAUGAAAUAGAUCAGGAAAGUGCACUGCAUUAUGAGAAUGUCAACUCUAAAAUGGAAGACAAGAAGAAAUAUAUGCCAUUCAUUCCCCGGUAUCACGAAGUAAUCGCAUUACAGGAAGAAAAAAAGGGUGUUCCUGGUCCUGGAAAUUAUGACAUUGCACGACUAUUUGGAGAGAGACUGACAAAAUCUGCCAAUGUUUCACAGGCACCAUUUCUUUCACAGUCAAAAAGAUUUUUACCUCUAAAAUCAAUCACCCCAGCCCCAGGCACAUAUAAUGAACAGCGCACAGCAUUUGAGUCCUUGAAGAAAAUAUCAAGUUUGGCACAGACCCCAUUUGGCCAAACUGCAGCUCGAUUUGCUCAAAACUCAAGGCUUCAUAAAUCUCCAGGUCCUGGGUCUUAUAAUGUUUUAAGGUAUAGUUUUACAAGUGAAGCUUUAAGCAAAAGCGACUGGGAGAGCAACAAAAAAGGAGCAUUUGGCUCAUCUGCUGCUCGUGAGUUUCCAAGUUCGAAAAAGGAUGCUUUGUGGACACCAGGCCCAGCAGACUAUCAUAUCAGAGAUAAAAUGAAAGAACCAUGCAGAAGGCAACCAUCAUCUGUGUUUUCAUCAGGAACAGAAAGAUUAACCCCACAAAUAAUUGGGAAGGACGCACCACCCCCUGGCUACUAUAAUGUCUGUGAAUCAUUUGAAGCAGCUCAUGCAAAAGGCAAAUACAGACCGCCAAGGACAAUGCAAGCAAAAAGAAAACAUACUUCCUUCUUAAGUUCUACCCCACGAACCUUUGUACUGCCAGAUGCUGUUGAGGUGCCAGGACCAGGAGCUUACGAUCUUAAGAUCAAAAGUGGAACUGCUUUGACUUUAGCUGUUUCAAGAGAAGAGCGCUUCAAGGAACCAAAGGAAGUCACUCCUGGGCCUGGUGCUUAUGAGCUGAGUCCAGUUUUUAAGGACACUGUGCUGAAAGGAACAUUUAAUGCUACCCUACCCAACCCAUUACUGAAAGAAAUGGACGACACCAAUCUGAAGGUCCAAGCGGAAACACAGUCCUGUGUUCUGAGUGUCUGAAUGGCUUAUAUAAUAAAACACAGGUGACUGGUGGUAGAAAGGGUUUAAAGGGCUUCACAAUGUUUUUCUGUAAUUAUCUGUGCUAAAUUAAUUUUUGAUGAAUAAAAUAUGUUUUACAUGUGGAGCAGAAUGUUUAAUUACAAUAAAACAAAUUCUAAUAUAUUUCUUAUGUAUUAUUGUUAUUAUGUUUGGUGUCCAUUUCAGAAAAUGCAUCUUGACUGGGGUGCAUAUUGUUGGCUAUAUAUGGCAGACUCAUGCCUAUUACAAAUUUAGAUUACUUAGCAGUUUUAAAUGGACAAUUUUUUUAAACAUUACACACAUAAAUUUCCCUUAAAAAAUGUUACAUAAGGUGAAGAUACUGCUUUGUUUACAAUUUCAUUUUCACAAGAUUUUCAGGCAAUUCCUUUAGCAAAAUUGUACAUUUAGGGCAAAUCUUUAUGCUCCACUCUUUAUAACAAACAUAAGCAUGUAGGAUUAUCUUUAGAAAGUUGGGUACCUAAAGAGGUUGCUGAUCAAAGAGAACCAUAGAGAAGAUCAGCAUAAUGUUCUAAUUGGAAGGUGGGCAUAAGGAACUUAAUAUGGCAUUUUGUCUUGAAGUAAUAAAUAGAAAAAUAUAAAAUACCAUGUCAUUUAAAAAUACAUUUUAUACUUUGCAAUGAUCAGUUACCACAUGAUAUGAAGGAUAUGUUGCUUUGCUUGAAAGCAUCUUGUAGCUUAUAGCUUAAAAUACCUAAGUAUUGCAUUGUACUGUUUGCAUAUAAAACUGAAAAUAAAGAAUGUAAAAAAUAAAUAAAUACCUAAGUAUUCCUGAAAAAUAUUUUUUUUGUAAAUAUAUCCCUUAUGCUAAUCAUACAGAAAGAUAACCAUGUCAAUUCUAAGCUCUUCUAAACUCUUCACAUUUAGUAUUUUUUUGCUUAAACUCACCUUAAUUAUUUACCU